AUGCGUCCAUCCACCCCGCUGUCGGCGGAUCUCCCGCCGCUGAUAAUGGGAACAGCAACUUUCAACUCCCAAUACAACGCCGACCCCUACGCCCUCCCCACAACAGAACUAGUCCAGCGUGCACUAAGCAGCGGCGUCCGCGCCUUUGAUACAUCACCCUACUACGGCCCCGCGGAGGAACUUGUCGGCCGCGCCCUCGCAACAGAAACAGUCCAAACCAACUUCCCACGCCAGACAUACAAACUCCUCACAAAGGUCGGCCGCGUUGCCGGCGCAUCUUUCGACUAUUCCCCGCCCUGGAUUAGACACAGUGUGCGACGGAGUUUGCGUCGGUUGCACACAGACUACCUCGACGUCGUAUACUGCCACGACGUGGAAUUCGUCCCACCCGUCGAAGUCUUAACCGCCGUACAAGAGUUGCGCCGUCUCCGCGAUGAAGAGGGUGUACUUCAUUACGUUGGUAUCUCUGGCUACCCAGUUGACACACUGAGUGAACUGGCAGAGAUGAUUCUCCGGGAGACGGGCGAACCAUUGGAUAUCGUGAUGUCGUAUGCCAAUUUCACGCUACAGAAUACGAGGUUGCACUCUCGCGCUUUGCCUCGGCUUCUAGCUGCAGGCGUUGAUGUUGUCCCCAAUGCCUCGCCGCUGGGAAUGGGUCUGCUCCGUCGUGAUGGUGUGCCGAUUGGUUCAAUGGGUGAUUUCCAUCCCGCUCCAAAUGGCUUGCGCAGUGCUAUUCACCAUGCUGCGGAAUGCGCAUCAAGUCACAACGAGAAACUAGAAGUCGUUGCUAUUCGUUUCGCGCUUGAAUCAUGGCUUCGUGUUGGUGCGCGGGCUGGCGGUCUGGGUGCACCACUUGCGCGGGCAGCAGAUGCUGAUCCUGGUUUCUUGUCGGUGGCUAAUAUCGGCACUGGAAAGAGGCUAGGUGUGAGUGUUAUGGGCGUCAGCAAUAUCGCCGAAUUGGAUGAGACUUUGCGCGUGUGGCAUAGUAUUGUUGAUGGAUUGGAGAAUUGGACUGAGGAUGAUGAUAACUCGUAUUUCAAUACGGAGUUGAAAUCUACUGGUCCUUCUACUCCUAGUCUGAAUGUCCCCACUGCUAUACCCACCGCCGCCAAUUCUAGCAUUCUUACGCCGCAGGAGGGUCUCAUCACUGACCGGGCCUGGUCUCAUGCUCGUGGCGCUCAUAUCUUGCAACUUGCUCGGGAGAUUCGGGAUGUGCUGGGCACCGAGUGGGUCGAUUAUGUCUGGGAUAGUCCUUCGCCAGACUUUGUGAAUUCAGUGUCUGAUGAGCACAUUGCUCUUGUACAGCAGAUUGUGGAGGAAGAAAGGACAGGGAAGACGGAUAUACCCACCUCUGAUGGAGCUGAUAGGGAUCCUAUGCUGACCCCACCGCUAGAGGCGGAUAAGCAGCUUGCAUAG